AUGGCCCGAGUCCGCUGGGUCCUGCUGCUUGCGGUCGCUGCUGUCCUCACCAACGCUAGUGCAUACUUCGUCACGGAGUCGAAGCUUUCGCUCAAUUCCGAGCCGUCCGACAUCCACUUCAAUCGCCUCCUGAGGGUGGUCGACGGUGAAGAGCGAGGGCGCCUCGGAGGGGUGGCCGUCCCGUUCCUCGAAAAGGCCAAAACGGUGUUGCUGCCCGCCGUCUCGACUGCGAAACUCUCGCAGUGGGUCACAAAGGGGAAACCUGUCAACGAGGUCUUCGUGCGCCUGGGCCUGAAGAAGGUCGUACUCGAGAAGCUGUUUGAGACCCCGCAGUUUUUCUCGUGGGCCAAGUACGUGGACGAUCUAGGCAAGCAAGCGCCCGCAAAGGCGCCAACGAUGAUUCCGACCCUGGUGACUCAGUACGGCGACGACGCUCUCGCAACAAGUCUCGAAGUUAGCCUCCACGGAGCAACUCGACCAAUUCUUCACCUGGGUGACUAA